AUGAGAAUCGCCAUCACCUUGCCCGUUCUUCUUGCCGUGUUGCCAUCGGCAGGUGCCUUCGCACCUCAACCGGCAAGCCGUGCCAGUGCUCGUUUGCAGGAAACUGCCACCCCUGAAUUGGUGGAUGCUCUCGAAGGAACCAAAUCCAGGGUCAAAGUUGCAGCGGGUGCUGUCGCAAGCAGCCGUAUGUUCGCUGAUGUUGCUCCUGACACCAAGCAAUUCGCAGGUGCCACCAAGGCAUUCCCUGGUGCCUUGACCAAUGCUGAUUUGAAGACAUUUAUCCGCGAGCAACUCAAGGCCAACGGUUACAAUGAGAAGACCACCUUGGUGGCAACGUCAUUGUGCUGUGAUGAAGUCAACAGACCUCUGGAAACUGAGCUCAGUGACAUGUUCAACACAAACUUCAACAUGGGAGGUCUUGCUGGGUUCCCUUUUGGAGGUGCCACCUCUUUCGGUGCUAUGGCAUCCCACAUUCCUGAUGGUGGUUCGUGUAUGGUCGUGUACGGACCUCAUGUGGGUGUUGACUCCAAAGGAAAUGUUGGAACUGUCGAGCGCCGUGGACGCGCCAAUGGAGGUGCUUGCUGUGGAUCAGCUGUGGCUGCCUCUGGGUAUGUUGCGGGUGUUCUUUCCGGAGAGUCCAAGGCAACUCUCCCAUCAGAUGCUCUUGAUGCCCAGCAAUACUUUGUUGGAUCUAUGCUCAUGCCAUAUGCCGAACGCCUAGAAUCUGCCAGGGACAAGAUGGUUGAGCUUCCUUAUGCCCUCUAUGAUGCCCAGACUGAUCUCAUGGAGCGCAUUGUGGCUCAGUCUGGCAGUGCUGUUUCUGGCAAUGGCCGCACUGCUGUGCUAGGAGGAAUCCAGGUCAAUACGCCACCUGGCUUUUCUGACUACUUUUUGCCCCUCAGUUUUGAUAUCUAUGACAGUGAUGGCAAGUUGGAGAAGAAGAUCAUGGGCAAGAGUGCCACUGCUGGAACCAAGACUUUCUCUCAAGUUGAAGAGAAGUACCCUGGAGCAUUGACCAAUGCUGAGCUCCUUGCCAAGAUGAAGGCAACGCUUGCUGACAAAGGAUACGAUGAGGGCAAGACCCUUGUUGCCACUUCUUUGUGUUGUGAUGAGGUUAACAGACCACUUGAAUCUGACCUUUCUGCUUCCUUUGACACUAACUUCAACAUGGGAGGACUUGCUGGGUUCCCGUUUGGAGGAGCCACCUCCUUCGGUGCCAUGGCAUCCCACAUCCCUGAUGGUGGUGACUGUGUUGUUGUCUAUGGACCCCACGUUGGUAUUGACUUUGAUGCAAAUGUCGGAACUGUCCCCCGUCGUGGAAAGGCCAGUGGUGGAUCAUGCUGUGGAUCUGCUGUUGCUGCUUCUGGUUAUGUUGCUGGUGUCAAUGCUGGAGGUGCUAAGGCUACUCUCCCAGAUGAUCCCCUUGAUGCCCAACAGUACUUUGUUGGUUCCAUGCUCAUGCCAUAUGCGGACAGACUUGAGAAGGCCGGUGACAAGAUGCAGGAGCUCCCACUUGCUCUGUAUGAUGCCCAAACUGGCCUGAUGAAGCAAAUUGUUGCUCAGUCAGCCGGGGCAGUUGCGGGAAAUGGAAAGAUUGCAGUGUUGGGAGGAGUGCAAAUCAACACUCCACCAGGCUACAGUGACUAUUUCUUGCCCAAGAGUUUCAACCUGUAUGAUAACAAGGGUAUUUUGCUUGAAAAGCUGUGGAGCUAA